UCAUCUUUUGCAUGAUUCAGUCGACUGUCAGGUGCGAGGUGCGUUACACCGGUCUCCGUUCCUUGUCGCGCUUCCGGUUCCCUGUAAUUCUUUCUCGCGCAAACCGUUGUCAAUGUCAGUCCUCCUCGAACCCAGGGAAAUAUGAAUCCGUUAAAGUGGAAUUUUGUUUCCGCGACGAUGCUGUCGUUAAUCACCACGGUGGUCUCGGGGAGCAUGGCUACGGGCUCCGAACAGCAAGAUCAGGAGCAACAGCAGCAGCAGCAGCAACAACAACAACAACAACCACAACAACAACAACAGAGACAUCACGAUCCGAUGGCACCGGCGAACCAAUCGGUUAACGCGCUACCCUACUGGGAAUACGUACUCCGUGAAUCCGUGUUCAGGACGAUCUCGCCGCCGCCGUCGGCCAACAUCAACCUGUACAGACGUCUGUUGGACGCGCCGCUUUACGGCGGCCCGUUUCCGACGGGGCCGAACGAUGCGGCCAGCUAUGUUCUGUCACGCGGCGACGUUUAUUACCUGCCGAACAACGACUGGCUGCUCUGCCAGGAGGGCUGUAUCGACUGCGAGGUUUGCUCGGAGUACACGCAUCCGGUGCUCAAGUGGAUCCUCAGGAUGGUGAAGAGACGACCUGUCCACGGUCCGGAGCACCAGGACCUCCAGCUGACCCUGAUCCCGAGGAUCGACGGCAGUUACCUUUCGAGAAGCCUCUGGCCGCGGUCGUACGUCUAUGUGACCACGCCGGGUCAACUGGAGAAGUUCUGGAACGAGAGGAUGGGCUUCCAAGGUCCUCCGAGCCUGGAGGAUAGCAUCGGACAGCGCCGGAAGUCCGGUAAUUUCGGCAGAUCCGAUGAGGAGUCGUCGGAGCGACACGCGCGCGGCCAGCUGACCACCGCUACGGAGUAUCCCGAAAGCGAUUCCUCCGGUAGCACAACGCCUGAAAAUAAGGAACAACGCACCACGUCCAGUUCGGUGUCGAACCCAGCUGGAUCGUCGGAUCGACCUGCUGGGAACGAUUCUGCGUCGAUGCCGGUGAUCGAGAGCGGGAGGAAUGGGUCGAAACAGCUCCUGCCGAAGUUGAUCCUCGGCACUGAUCAGCUGGGGCAGAAACACUUGGUGCACGUGGUGCCGGCUGAUGGGAUCAGCAGGAACUCGACGAGUCCCGUAACGACGGGACCUUUGAAUGGCGGCAGCAAGUUUCAGAACCGAACAGCCUAUCACAGGUUAUUGAAGAGGAUCUACGACUCGCUGAGCACUAACAAGAGAUCCAUCGAGAGUUUCCUCGAGCCCUCGACGCAAACCGAUCGCCGGCGGGAGGUGUAUCAACAGCAGGAAACGAGGAACGAUCUUGCGGAGUUGAAGCAAUUGAUCAGACUGCACAGAAGUCAUUACGGGACAACUAGGAACGAGAGUGAUCGACGGCCUUUCACUUUGAACUUGGGCGAACAGAGCAAGAAAUCCACCGACGAAGUGGACGGGAAAACGUUUGUAAACGAUGUAAUUACUGCCGAUCGCGCGUCGAGCGACCAUGAUCCGGAUCAGGAAAGAAACGUCAAGAAUGCUAGCACGAAACAGGACGGUAAACGUGUACCACGCAUGUUCAAAGUGGUCGUCACUACCGAGUCGACGACCAAAUCGUUCAACAAAUCGGACGCGGUCGCGGCGAACAAUAAUCUUUGACGCGCGACCGGUUAGGAUCGAGCGGAGUAAUUACGCCGAACUUUCCAUAGUUUUACAUUUAUAGAGGAUUAUGUUUGCAAAGGGUUAAAAAUCCUCGAGGACUCGCGAUCGCGUAGUAAAGCGGACUAAUAGCACCCACCCUGGCGAUGUCACUUAACACCGUAAGCCCGCGGGUAGCUCCAUCGCCGGCACCGCUAAGAGGAUCGACGAUCCUUAAUCAGGUCUGGCGCGAUCGUUUAAAACGAUUAUAACCCUUCCUUCUACCGGCGUUGGUGUCACGGGCCGUCGCAACAGUCUCACGCAUUAUCUAACGGGUCGAAAGGGCGGCAGUGUGUGUCUCCGCGUGUGCAGUCUUCGCGAACCUGCGAGGAUCCCCUUCGUGGUUGCGUGGCAAUGGGGUGCUCGAUGCACAAGGUGUACCGGAAGUUCUGGCAAACCAGCACCACACGUGUUAACCCUGUCACGUUCCUCCAUACUCAUUUCUAUGAACACUGUCUUUGUACCGUGUAAUUCUUUUUCGAUCGAACCGUGUCUUCGUUUCGUUCAGAAUGGCAUUAUACUUUAGGAAAUCGUGUUUCAACCCUUUACUGUGUAACGCCGAGUCGAACGUUUCCGAUUUUAUAAAAGCGCAUUAUCGCCUUGUCAUGUAACAUUGCGUUGAACUAGUGACAGAAAGUUGAAAACGAACGUUCAAAAUCCUGUCCCUCUGCUGUCGAUCUUUAAACUUUAACGCGAAUGUGUACAGACGCGGCGAAAACCAAUUUUCUAUUCCUCUUAAACACUCGGGAAGUAAACUCGGAGGUGCAGGUUGACCGAACAGUUUCCGUAAACAUUUGUCCUGUCAAAGAGUAUGCGAAACCUUCGGGUAAAGUCGAGCGGAAAGAGCGCGACUGCACAAUUUCGCAGUUCCCUGAGAAAAUCGCGCGGUUCGAUCGCGCGACGAUUUCGCAUCCACCCUGUACACUCGCGCGUACCCUCUUCCUCUUCCUGUUCGUGUUCACGUUUCCCUGGAUGUACAUGGAGGGGGGCCUUCGCGGAUGUGUACACACGACGGGUGUCCGUGUUCGUGCACGCGGGCUGAAUUUGUGCAAGCGCAGAGUAUACCGUGCACCGCGGGAAAGGAUGGGUUUUAAGAGGGUCAAGGGUCGGGCUGGCGUUGCGGGGGUGAGACGACUGGCUCAGGCGGCAAGGUUUGAGGAGCAGAGGUAAGCCGGCGCUUAUAUUUAAUUAAGGAGGAUACGGGCUCGAGCGAGGAGAGAAAGUCGGAUGGCGCCUGCUCCAGGCUGCUCCAGGCUGUUCCAGGCUGUUCCGUCUCCGUUACUCCCCCGCCCCCUGUCACUUGCUAAAGAGAAAGGGAACGGGUUUGUGUUUCUUCUCUAAUUAUCUACCCUUCGCGUCCUGGCAGCCACGUUCACUUUCCACGUCUGAUAUCUGCCGCGUGAUCCGAUUCUCCGGUCCUUUUUUCCAGCCCCGAUUUCCGGCCAACUUGCCGUGUCUUCCUCCAUUUCCCCCGCGUCUGAUUUCAGUCUCAACCUCUCCCUGUCCUCGUCCCCCCCUUGCACCCGCUCUUUUUUCUACGUCGAUCCGCCGUUACCGUUUCCUCUCUCCUCUCCACCCCUCUCCACUCCGCUGCGCUGGCCCAUUUCUUAUCGUAGUCGGACGAUCUCUCCUCCGGCGAGCCGAAUUCGAUCUCUCGUCAUGAGCAAUUGCGAAUCUCGACGAAGGACGUCCUACCGAACGGCGAAACUUUUUAAUUAGACCGAUCGUUCCGACAUGCUCGCGAUGAUCAACCGGGAUGGAGGUAGAUCGAGGUGAAUUUAUUUAAGCAAUUCAUUCGUAGUAGCGUCGCGCGCUAAUAGUUGAGAAGAAUACAGAUUUAAACUUGUUUUCCGAAA